AUGGUGUAUACAAUCAUCGCCACGGAUCUCACCAGAUUCUUCCUUAUUUACUCAAUUUUUCUAGUGGGAUUUUCUCAGUCAUUCUACAUAAUUUUCACAGCUUGUGAACGUGCAGCUAAGAAAAUUACGGCAGAAGGCGGAACAAGCGACUUUCAGAACGUUAUCGAUAAUCCUCUGGAGGCUCUCCUGAGGACGUUCAUCAUGACAAUCGGAGAGUUUAUGACACUUUACAAAGAAAUGGCCUCAUGUGACUCCAUGCUUAUGAAUUUCAUUGGCAAGGUUUGUGAUAGGAUUCCAUAUUAA